GGCGGCGUGGUGGGGGCGGUGGCAGUGGGGGCGCCGGUGGACGGGGGCGCGGCGCCGCUGCACGUUCUCGCGGUGGACGACAGCUCCGUCGACCGCGCCGUCAUCUCCGGCAUCCUUCGCAGCUCUCGGUUCCGUGUGACGGCCGUGGAUAGCGGGAAGAGGGCCUUGGAGCUGUUAGGAUCGGAGAACAACGUGAGCAUGAUAAUCACGGAUUACUGGAUGCCGGAGAUGACGGGAUACGAGCUCCUGAAGAAGGUCAAGGAGUCAUCCAGGCUGAAGCAGAUCCCCGUGGUGAUCAUGUCCUCCGAAAACGUGCCGACAAGAAUCAGCAGGUGCUUGGAGGAAGGCGCGGAGGAUUUCCUCGUGAAGCCCGUCAGGCGGUCUGACGUGUCCCGGGUGUUCAACCGCGUGCUCCCAUGA